UAGGGCACUUGUCAAGGGAUGCGGAGGAACCAGUGGGGGGAACGCGAAAGACACUCCACAGUCGUAACUAUUCUAUGGGGCGUAUCGUUUACAUCGCAUUCCUCAUUCCUUUACAUCAUUUUAAAGCUGAAGAAGGCACCGAAUACAUGCUUCAUGAGCGGGUACACCAUAACUCUUUACCCAGAACGGAGUUUGUAUUUCUGAAAGGUAAAACGACGAAAACGUCUCUCCUUGCUGCUUCAUUUGUGAGUGCGGCAAAGCAAUGGGACGCAGACGUUGAAGAGUUCUCGUGAAGCCGCGACUGUUGUGAAGAUAAGUGGAGAGUUAAUUUGUGCCUUUUAACUUUUAUUGUGAGUGUAUCAAGUGACAAUCUAACAAAUUGCAAGCGAUGUGCGGUUUUCACACCUUGGGCGUAUCACGGCAAAUAAUUUGCUGAACCUCGUUCAUUCUCCAGUGGAGCGGCCUGAAUGCGAGGGAAUGGAUUUGCUGGACUACUUUUUGACACAUAUUUAAUGUAGAUACCCGCUACACAAAUCCAUAUGUUGAAGUCUUAUUUGGAUCAGUCUACAUCGAAAUGGCAAGUUUUGCCGGGUUUAUAAAGUGGACUGGGAGAUCAACUUUGUAUUUAUGCUGCGCGUUUGUCCUGUUCGGCUGUCUCUGCAUCGCGUCCCCUACUCAUGGUCGUCGGCUCAUCUGUUGGCAAGCCAUCAUGAAGUGUCAUGGAGAGUCUGAGUGCCACUACGCAUAUGACCAAUACCUUUACGCCUGUGCGCCUGUUAUCAACGGGGAUAGGAAGAAGUGUCCCAGCCACUGCAUCUCGUCCCUUAUCCAGCUGAAUCUAACCGAGACCGGCCCGUCUCUGGAGGACUGUGACUGCGCCUCGGACCCCGUCUGCCGGAGCACCAAACGCGCCAUAGAGCCGUGCCUGCCUCGGACAAGUAACAUGGGCUGCACCGAAGCCCGGCGGCAAUGCGAGAGAGACUCCCAAUGCAGUUCGGCGAUGCGCGACUAUUUGUUUCACUGCCGUAAACUUUUCGGAGGGGAGCGAUGUUCGGACGACUGCAGGAGGGUGAUUGCCAACAUGCGCAAUAUACCCAAAGCACAACAACUUGAUACUUGUGUUUGUGAUGGCACAGAGAGGACCAUAUGCGAGUACGUCAAAGUUAGUAUGAAAAACUUUUGCUUUGACUCUAUGGACAGAUACGCGGGCAGCGGGUUGUCUGAUUCAGAGGACGACUCUGAAGAUGAUUAUGACGAGAUGGAGGAUUAUAUAUAUGUGGAAAACAAAAGUUUUUCAUCCAGAUCCGCCUGUCGGGGUGUUGUAUGGACUGCCUCUGUGGCCACCAUUUUGGUUCUAAUGAAUCUUAUCUGAUAGGGCAGCCUACCCCAGUUGAUUCAGCUGUUGGGAAAGUUGUUUGAGAAAGAGUGGCCAGUGAAAUGUUGACACGGACAUAAUAGCUCCUGAAAGUUGUAACACCAGCACACCUGCUUUCGCAUAUACGUUUUGUGUAUGAAUGAUUUUAUGGCCUUUGCUCUGCUAUCUAUCUUCAUGGGGCUUCUUCUCAACAUUCCAUCUGGUCCCUGUCCCACUCUGUCUUUGUGCUGAUCUGCUAUGGGUCAGUCAUUUAGGUAA